AUACAGGAUAUUGCAGGAAGUUUCCAUAUCUGUAUCUGUCACAGUAGUAACAGACAGGAGUUAAGCAACAGACAGAUUCUCUGUUCUAAUUGAGCUAUGCUUAGUGCAACAAGAGAGUGUAUGGGGUAAAAGUGACUUGAAGCCAUAUUUCUUGCUCCUGUAUUUUGAUCCUAACCCCCGGGGGAGGGGGAUAAUAGGAUCCUAUAUAAGAAAAAGACACCAAAAUCAGGACUGUCCCUAUAAAACCGGGACAUCUGGUCACCCUAGUGUCAGAGCCAGUCUGCAAACUUAGGAGUCCUGUACCCCAACUACCCAAAGCGGUGUGUCCCUGGAGCUUGGAAACUGUUAGGAUGAGGUGGGAGCCAGUGCCCUGAAACCAGAGGAGUUUAGGACUUUGACUUCUACAUGGGAAUUUAGGGUAUUAGGACCCAAGGCUCUGGACCUGCUUGUACCCAGACCUUUGGCAGUGAUCCUGUUGCCCGGAUGGUUCUGGUUAGGUGGCCCGGGACAGGGUGGCUGUGAAUCUGUAGCCCUGGAUAUUAUGAUGAUCGUUAUGGCUAAUCUGGCUGUGGCUUGGGUGGGCCCAGGUCGGGGGCUGGCUUGGCUCUGAAUUAACAAGUCGGUGGGAGGCGUUAGGACCCGCCAGCAGUCCGAACCCGGCUGCUCUGACGUUGGUCGGAACUAGCGGCUGCCGCCUGCUACUACUGAGUAACAGGCGCUAAAUCGCCCCGGAAGCCGAGACGAAACCAGUAGGUCGGGUCGGUCUCGGAACCGGGAUUGAGACCCGCACAGGCGGCCCGGCGCAGGCUCGUCCCAGAACAAUCCGAGGAUUUCUCCGUGGUUAUAACGUAAGCACUGCACCAUGCAGCUGAUAAGACUGAGGUCUUGGGAACGUUUAUUCCCAGAGUUCUCCUUUGAGGCUAGGACUAUGUCCCUCACCAGCGAAUACUGAAGAGUUUCAGGUCCAGUAAUAUCUACCUUUACAAACAUACCGAAGGCAGUGGAGUUUCAGUGAGGCUAUGCGGACAUCUCUAAUAAGUUAGCCUUCAGCUGAUUAUGAACAAAGACAGGAAGGGCAUGGAUUGACUAUCAGUUCCCAAGGCAACCCAUUCAGUUUCACUAUGGGAGCUGUGGUGGUUGAUGAUGCUCCAUCUGGUGUCAAAGCCCCUGAUGGGGGUUGGGGCUGGGCCGUUCUCUUUGGAGGGUUUGUCAUCACUGGAUUUUCCUAUGCCUUUCCAAAGGCUGUUAGUGUCUUCUUUAAAGAGCUUAUCCGGGAGUUUGGUGUUGGAUACAGUGACACAGCAUGGAUCUCUUCCAUUCUACUGGCUAUGCUUUAUGGAACAGGUCCUCUGUGUAGCAUGUGCGUCAAUUGGUUUGGCUGUCGUCCAGUUAUGCUGGUUGGAGGGCUCUUUGCUUCGCUGGGGAUGGUGACAGCUUCCUUCUGUACCAGCAUCAUUCAGAUCUAUCUCACUGCAGGUGUCAUUACUGGUUUGGGUCUGGCACUCAACUUCCAGCCAUCGCUCAUCAUGUUAAAUCGCUACUUUGACAAACGCCGCCCUUUAGCUAAUGGGCUUGCUGCUGCUGGAAGCCCUGUGUUUCUUUGUACCCUCUCUCCACUGGGGCAAAUACUGCAACAUGAGUAUGGCUGGCGAGGAGGAUUUCUUAUACUGGGCGGAAUGCUGCUCAACUGCUGUGUUUGUGGGGCAUUAAUGAGGCCGUUGGAGCCUCCGAAGAAAUCUGAAGCUGCCAAAGAACUCACUGAGAAGAAAACAAAGAAAAAGCUUCUGGAUUUCAGUGUCUUUAAAGAUGGUGGUUUUUUAGUCUACACUGUGGCUGCCUCCAUCAUGGUGCUGGGCCUCUUUGUGCCUCCAGUCUUUGUGGUGAGCUAUGCCAAGGAUUUGGGAUAUCCAGAUACUAAAUCAGCUUUUCUUCUGAGCAUUCUUGGAUUCGUUGAUAUCUUUGCCCGGCCUAUUUGUGGAGUGAUAGCUGGUCUGAAGUGGGUCAGACCACACUGUAUUUAUCUCUUUAGUUUUGCUAUGAUUUUUAAUGGUUUUACAGAUCUCAUGGGUUCCAUGUCUACCAAUUAUGGUGGCCUGGCAGUCUUCUGCAUUUUCUUUGGCAUUUCCUAUGGAAUGGUAGGUGCUCUUCAGUUUGAAGUUCUCAUGGCUAUUGUUGGUACUCAGAAGUUUUCCAGUGCCAUUGGCUUGGUGCUUCUGGCUGAAGCUGUAGCUGUUCUAAUCGGUCCACCAUCAGCAGGCAAACUCUUGGAUGCGACAGGCAGGUAUAUGUUUGUUUUUAUUGUUGCUGGAGUUGAAGUUGUUACUUCAGCCCUUGUGAUGGCUUUAGGAAAUGUCUUCUGUGUUAAGAAAAAAUCAGAAGUGCCACAAACAAAAGAGGAGGCAGCAGAAAGAGAAGAGUUAAACAAAUCCGAAGACAAAACACAUGAAGAUACCAAGGUGGACUCUAUUGAAGUAGAACAAUUUCUGAAAGAUGAACCUGAAAAAAAUGGGGAAGUUGUAACUAACCCAGAAACAUGUGUGUGAGUGACAUAGGAUGAGUGGCAAAGCAUUUAGGGAAGAGAGAGAAUUUCAACACUAAUUUAGAAACGGAACUAGUUUAGGGCUGGGCCAUCUGCUUCACCAACUGGGGGCCAAUCAGCUAAUCAAAUCACUGUUUGGAAGCUUUAUUAGGAAUCCUUUUCACCUAAAACUAGAUUUAUCAGUGAGACGUGGAUCUCUGUGUUUGUAACAUUUUAAGUAAACUAAGCAGCCUUUGUAACCAAAUAUAGAAAUCCUGCUAUGCAUCACCAGAAGAGUCUCACUUGGAAGAAAAUAUAUUUGAAUUAGAGAGGAAUGAUAUGUACAUUUUCAUUCAAUAUGGGUGAAAUUGUUUGUGUUUAUGUGUGGUACAAUUAAACAUAACUUCCCUUUCUGUGUUCUUUUUCAAGGAGAAAGAAUGAGAUGAGGGAAAAAAAUCUCAGGAACUUACUGGUCUCCAGAAGGUUUUUGAAACAUCUUACUUUUACAGUUAUUUUUAGAUUUUUUUUUUUUGGCUCAGCCCUAAUCUAAGUUGGAUAAUAAGAAUAGUAUCUAUUACUUUAUUUUAAGUAAAUGUAUUUCUGAGUUGUAGCUAAACAUGUAAUUUUCUUAAUUGAGAUUUUUAUUGUAAAUAUUGUACACUGAAAGACACUCGGAGACCCUAUUCUUAGCAAAUCACAUAAUUGCUAUUCCUAAAUAACGCCGAAAGAAAAUGAAACGAGCAGUAUUAAUCCUUACGUAGGCUUACCUUGUUUUCUUUACAGCCUAUGUGCACUGCACAUACACUGUCUCCUAUUGGUAGCUACUGUGCUGACACAUGCAGGCACCUGCUACUGAAAUUGGUUGAAAAGUCGCACAACGCUAGCAGCUGUUACAGCCUAUGAUAUUAGAUAUCAGCAUGAGAUUAUUGACUCCUUACUUCUGUACAGCAGUAUGCUGACUUUACUAGUACUCAGGGCAUGUGAAGAAGCAGAGCGCUAAAAAUAAUUAAAAGUAACUCCCUGAGUUACUCUCUCUCUUUUCAUUAUGUAAUGCCAUUAGGGGAAAGGGUGACCAGAUAGCAGCUGUGAAAAAACGGGACAGGGGUAAUAGGCGCCUAUAUAAGAGAGUCCCC